AACAACUGUCAACCACAACGGUGUUUGGUUUGCAAGGAAAUUGCUACAUUGCCGUGAUUAUAGAAAAAGGGACGUCUCCCACUUAUUUUAAUUAACUUGUGCUAGUUCGAAUAGUUUGUGUUAAGCACUACCAUGUCCGAUAUUCAAACGUUGAUAGAUAUGGGCUUUCCCAAGGAGAAGGCUGAACGAGCUCUUGAAGUGACCAACAACAAAGGUGUAGAACAGGCCAUGGAAUGGUUGCUAGCGCACGCUGACGAACCACUGCCACCCGCGUCCGGUCCAGCCGGUGAUAGCACGAGCUCGACUGCUGAAACAGCGGAUAACACAUCGGCCGGCGAGUCAACCGAAGAGCAAGCGGCGGCUGUAGCAAAAUCGCUCAAAUGCGACGAGUGUGGCAAGCUGUUCAAAUCCCAGGAAGAGGUAGAGUUUCAUGCUGCCAAAACGGAACACAGCAGCUUCUCGGAGUCGACCGAGGAGAAGAAACCGCUAACGGAGGAAGAGAAGAAGGCACAGCUUGCGCUGCUGGAGGAAAAGAUGCGCCGCAAGCGACAGGAGCGUGAGGAGAAUGAAAAGAAGGAAGCGAUGGAGCGGGAGCGGCUGCGCAUUAAAUCUGGUAAGGAUAUGCUUGAGGCACGACGUAAAAUGGAGGAACAGGAGAUGAAAAAAUUGAUGGACCAGCGGAAGCGCGAAAAGUUGGAAAGUCAGCAGGCACGGGAUCGUGUUCGGGUUCAGAUUGAGGCAGACCGGGCUGCCCGGAAGGCAAAAGAGACUGGGGAUAUCGCUGCCGUAUCACCAACCUCCACCACGAGCAGUUCGCCACCGGCACCAAAACCAUCGUCCACCACCACACCAAGCAAACCAGCCGAGACGAAGAGUUAUACCACGGCCAAGAUUGCGAUCCGCAUGAUGGACGGAUCGCAGCUUGUGCAAACGUUCCAGGCCGGUGAGCAGUUGGCCGCCGUGCGGCUGUUCGUGCAGCUAAAGAUGGACUCGAUCGAUGCGUCCUUCGGACUAAUGACUAACUUCCCGAAGAAGGUGUUUAGCGCCGAAGAGUAUGAUAUGCCGCUGGACAAGCUGGGUCUUGUGCCGAAUGCGGUACUGAUCGUCACAAAAGCACCCUAGACAUUAACAAGAUGUUUGUAUAAAUUCCUUAACCAAUGCGAUUAUCGGUUCGGUUUGUGAUCUAAUUGCGGUAUAAAUCUAUAUUAAAACACGAUCUCCAUGAUCGCGAAA